AUGGUCGUCCUGGCCAGCAGUGUGCUGGGGUUGUCAACCUACGAUUAUCUAGAGGUGGUCAAGAACUUUGCCGACAAUUUACUGGCUCCAAAGAAUAUUGCGGUAGUCCAAAGCAUCAACAGCACCUUGUUCGCCGAGGACGUCUCUGGUACGCAGCUGACGAACCCCAGUUUUGAUGGUCGAGAACUGUCUACACUAACCUAUCAGCUUUUUGGGCUAUUUGUCAAUACUGCCAGCGACCCAAAUGACCCAUCACCACUCGGCUCUCCUAUCUCGUAUAAUGUCACUGCUUUGGCCGUGGAACAUAACACCGUAGCGACUUCUGUCAAAUUUGAAUUUUUCUAUCCGGCCCUGGGGGUCUCGUUCCCAAUCCAGGUGAGCAUCUAG